AUGGCCUCUGAUUUAAGAAAUUUGCUCAGUAAUAUCGAUUUGACAGCACGGUCGUCACAAGAACAUCAUGAGAACGUCUCACUUGAAUUACCUUCCCCGCCGAAAGGUUCUCCUACAUGCAACGAAGGGCAAGAGUCAGCUUCGCAAUCUAGUCUUCGGUCCAACAGUCAUUUUUCUCUCCAUUCAGACACUGGCGAAGUGGAAAUUUUCUGGCCGUUUGAGGGGGAGUUCUCCCGCAAUUACCACUGUGAAUUUGGUAGGAGUGAUAUCAUAGCACAAGGACCUUCUAGAACAUGCUACCGUGCCAUUGUUCUAAGAGUUGAUACUGGGAAAGAACGGACUGUUUGUAUAAAAAGGACAAACAUUGGAGAUUUUGCCAAUGAACUUAAGGUUUUGCAACUUGCAAGGAAGGAGAAUGUUCCACAAAUAGUUUCAUUCUUUGGUGCUAUAACCAAACGCAGCGAUGCUUUCAUGUUCUUCGAGCUUUUGGAAGGUGGGACUAUUGCUAAUCUGAUUGAUGAAAGGAAGGGAGAGCCUCUUCCAAUCAUUCCAGAAAUUGAUAUUCUGCAUUAUGUAGUAGAUGCUCUGGCUGCUUUAAAAUUCAUACAUGAGAAAGGGAUAGUACACGGAGACAUUUACGGAAAGAAUUUUGUCCUGGACAAAUUUUUAGUAAAGGUCAAACUAAUAGACUUUGGUGAUGCAAUGAGCAUAGAGGAUGGAGGUAAUGUGAAUGUCGAUAUCUGGGAUAUCGGCUGCCUGAUUUUGAAGAUGUGGAAUGGUGAGAAAUUUCAGGUAGGAGCUCUUGGGAUAGAGAACUUAAAGGAGUUUAUCCCUUCUGAAGCCAAAACAUUAACUAAAAAACUCUUACAGCGCAUGUUACAAGUAAAGGAAGAUAUCCCUUCAGCUGCGGAGCUGUUAAGAGUCUCUCAACGAGACUAUAAGGAAAAAGUGGUACAUUUCCUCACGUUUAGUGGGGCUGGCAUUUUCCCUUCAGUUGGAGAGCUUUUUAGUAACUUAAAAGCCGUGGUAUCUUCUCCCGAAUUAGCAGGACACACUGUGUUAUCAAUUUUUCCAUCGGGGCAAGAAGGAAGUCGCAAUUUAUUAUUGUUGCAUUGUGUUAGGAGGGGAAGGCUGCAUCACGGCUGCAGAGGUUAUGACAGCCUUUCCACGAGAGCAAAAGGGAGUACGUGUUGCCUGCAUACAUGUUUGAGUGGAUGGCAGUAA